CUGCCGUCAGAAACACCGUAACCGGAAGUGUUCGAAGCGGUUCUGCUGUUGGUUUAGAUCAGACUGGAGAAUAAAGUUCCUGAGAUGUUUGAUCAGCAGCAGCUUCUGGUCUUCAUCCUGAAGGAGUUCAGCUGCAGAGCGGCGACGGAGAUCUGGAAACAGAUGAAGAAGAACCGAAACAACAUGGAGGAGGAGCUGCAGGCGCUGAUGAAGGAACUCUGUGAGGCUCUGAUGCAGCAGCUGCAGCGGCUGCUGGAAGGAAAACUGCAGCUACAGGAGAUUAAAGAUGUGGAGCCUCAGUCAGUCUCCGCCCCCCCCGCAGAGGAGGAAGAUGUGCAGCUGGAGGUGAACAGCCAAUCAGACGCUCCCAUAGGGGACACUAGCCAAUCAAAGCAGGCUCCUGCGGGGUGUCGUGGGCAGAGCUUCAGCUGCAGCAUCUGCAGCAGCAGUUUCUCCAGACGCUGCAACCUGCAGGCUCACCUGCGCAUCCACAGCAGAGAACGUCCGUUCAGCUGCAGCGACUGCGGCCGCAGCUUCUCGGCCCGCAGCAGCGUGCGUGUCCACCAGCUGACAGUUCAUCGCCUGCAGCGACCGCACCGCUGCAGCCACUGUGGAAAGUUGUUUGGUACUCGCAGCCACCUGCGGACGCAUCAGGCAGCCGGCCGGCGGUCGCUGGUGUGUGCAUCCUGCGGGGAGACGCUGGCGGCGGCGUGCGUCCUCAGGAAGCACCAGCUGAUGUGUCCAAAGGCCGGCGAGAAGUUCAGCUGCAUGGACUGCGGGAAAGAGUUCUCCAAACGCAGCUACCUGUCGGCACAUCGCAGAGUCCACCUGAGCCACAAACCCUUCACCUGCUCCACCUGUGGUAAAGGCUUCACAGCACGUCGCAGCGUCCACGUGCACCAGCUGACGGUGCACCGAGGCCUGAAGCCGUUCAGUUGCAGCGUCUGCGGGAAGUCGUUCAGCCAGCAGAGCGGCCUCAGAGCGCACCAGCGCACACACAGCAGUGAGCGCCCGCAUGUUUGCGAACAAUGCGGCCGCAGCUUCUCCAGCAGCAGCAGCCUGACGGUGCAUCAGCGCGUCCACACUGGCGAGAAGGCCUUCAGCUGCGACGCCUGCAGCAAGAGUUUCAGCGUGGCGGCUAACCUGCGACGGCAUCAGCUCGUCCACUCGGGUCACCGGGCAUUCACCUGCAACGUGUGCAGUCGCAGCUUUACGCAGGCCGGACACCUGAAGGUGCACCGUGCGCUGCAUGGCGAAGGCUGGGCCUUCAUCUGCAACGCCUGCGGGAAGGGCUUCAGACAGCGCAGCGCGCUGCUGGUGCAUGAGAGAAGCCACGGCGGCGUCAAACCGUACGGCUGCAGCAACUGUUCCAAAACCUUCUCGUCCUCUGCGUCGCUGAGGCGCCACCAGCAGGUGCACGGCGGCCAGAAAGCGUACACCUGCCACGAGUGUGGGAAAAGCCUCAGCAGCAGCCAGGUGCUGAAGACUCACCUGCAGUUGCACGCCGGCAGCAAGGCCUUCUCCUGCGACGUGUGUGGGCGGAGCUACAGCUCACUGAGCUACCUGAAGAUGCACCGCCGUAGCCACUCAGAGGGAAAACCGUUCAGCUGCAGUCAGUGUGACAAGACCUUCUCCACGCAGACCAGCGCAGCGCUGCACCAGCGCACACACACCGGAGAGAAGCCCUUCGUCUGCGAGGUCUGUGGGCGGAGCUUCAGCGUGUCACAGAACCUCAUCAGACACAAACGUGUCCACAGCGGCGAGAAACCGUUCGAAUGCGACAUCUGCGGGAAGCGGUUCAGUCAGAACAACAACCUGAAGACACAUCAGCUGAUCCACAGUGGACACAAACCGUUCAGCUGCAACAUCUGCAGCCGCAGCUUCACUGCCAGGAGGAGCCUCCGGGAGCAUCGCUGCAUCAGCUGACUGUCGCUGCAUCGCUGCAGGACUCAGGUGACCUGACCGGUGGUCGUUCAGCCUCAGAACUGACGUAUUUUUAGACGUUUCUUAAAAAGCUCCAAACAUCAAGUUUGAGCAGAGAGGAAAUCCUGUUUCUCCUGCAGGAGGAAAAGUUUCCUCUCUGAAAUAUUUUCUACAUUUUUGUAAACGUUCUGAAAUGUUUCUGAUGUUUGUUGAUCCAAUGCAGGAAGAAGCUCACAUUAAACAGUCUGACGUGGUU